AUGCAGGUGGUUGACGCCGAACGCGCGCGCGAGCUCUCGCUCUUCCGGCCGCUAGGUAAUGUUUCCACUCUCCCGCAGCGAGCCACUGAGAUAGACCUCUGUUACCCCGUGGCGCUUCCACUGGUCCAGGGUCCUAUGGGAGGUUACCAAAGAAACUCGUGUGGUUACUGCAAGUCCAAAGAUGGCAGCGCAUCGUACUACACCACUUCCACGUCCGUACACCCGGAACAUUAUGAAGACUUGAUCAACAACGGCUGGCGACGCUCUGGUUCUCUCUAUUACAAGCAGAACUUGCUCCAGUCAUGUUGCCCCCAUUACACAUUGAGGUUGGAGGCGGCCGAUUAUCGGCCCCGCCGUGAUCAACGUAAGGCAAUCAACAAAUGGAACAAAUUCAUUUUGGGCCCGGAGUAUAUGCGCAAAGCGGCCCGGCUCUGUCCGCAAACUCGCGCAGAGAAAAAGCACCGCAAAUGCAACUUUGACGUUCUGUCAGCGGUGCAUGAAAGCGAGUACAGCAAUAUCAAACGGCCUAUUGACCCUGCUACUAAACUCCCCAUUGAACCGGCACAUCGGUUCGAGGUCACCAUCGAGGGUGACUCUGUGUCCCAGGCAAAGUUCCAGCUGUUCCUCAAGUAUCAGACAGCCGUGCAUAAAGAAGAUGUCUCUAGUACAAAGCCUAAGGACUUCCAGCGCUUCUUAUGCACCGGUAUCAAGCGCUCUCCGAAUCCAUUGACAGAUGCCAAUGCCACCGAGAAGAAACUUGGUUCGUGGCAUCAAUGCUACCGCCUUGACGGUGAGCUUGUUGCUGUCGCCGUGUUAGACUUACUUCCCACCGGUGUCAGCUCUGUCUAUGUCUUCCAUGAUCCAGCCUACGAGCAAUGGGAGUUCGGUAAGCUGAGCGCUAUGCGUGAGAUUGCCUUCUGCAUUGAGAACCAAUACAAGUACUACUACAUGGGUUACUACAUCCACUCCUGUGUGAAGAUGCGCUACAAGGCAAACUUCAGGCCACAGUACAUUCUUGAUCCCGAGUCCGGCGAGUGGGACCCGCUUGAUGGCGAAUUAACUGAGAAGCUCAAUACUCGUUCUUAUGUUUCGCUUUCACGGGACAGAACGAAGGAUGCACUCCCCGUUCCGCCUCCUGAUUUCAAUGCUGAUACCGAAGUCUCCCUCUUUGACAUCGGUAUGCCUGGUGCUCUGACGGUCGCUCAGGUGGAAGCAUUAGACCUAGAUCAUUGGUUGCUGUUCUUUAGAAAGAACUUGGUUCACAUGGAGGAUCUGGUGGGAUGGGAGACCAUGUCUAUGACUGAGCCACAAUCUAUUAAGGGCAUCAUCGCUGAAUUGGCUGCGGUAUUGGGUCCUAAGAUAAUUCAAAACAGCGCUGUUGAUCUGUUCGGCUGA